CCAGCCACCCAAAUGUAUUGGUGUGGAGCUCCAACUUUAGUUUCAUCAGGAGCGCCAUGGAGUGCAGAGCUGUGCCCAUUCUGCCCACCUACUCACAAGCCUGUGGCACUUCUAUGCCCCGGAAACCGUCCCUCUGCCGUACGCUCUUCGACUACGGACCUCUGAAUGAUCCAGUGAUCAUACUCAUAACACUGGCCGUAGUAGUUGGAUCCUUUUGCCUGCUCAGCGGAUUCAUAUUGCUGUGCGUUGUAUCGAAAGCCUGGCAGGAUGAGACUUCCGAGGCCAUUCUGCUGAUGGCGAUUGGCUUCUUCAUCACGGCUUUGUCCUGCGUAUCGUGGAAAUUGACGCGAGCCCAACGAAUUGCCCAAUUAGUGGAUGCCCUCGGCGUAGAUAGCCAAACGCUUUAGCUCGAAAGUAUCUGCAGUAAAACAUCAACAAACUAAGGGUACAAUUAAUUCCAAUACACUUGAUAAGCCCAAAAACGAUCAGCAGUAAGGACUUUGAUCUUAAGUUGUUUUUCCCAUCUGCCUGUGUUAAAGUGUAUGCAUUAUCUUAUCAAUGUGACCUAUUUAAUAACCUUCCUUGCGCCAUAAAUAACUUGACAGUGGAAAUAACAAGUAAUUAACAAAUUCGAAGUAAGGCAAUAAAUGUGAUACUUUAUUAUAUUAUUGCAUCAAAA